AUGUACAAGUCUCAGAUAACCUUCACCUUUGACACGAUAUGUCCUUGGACAUACAUCGCAAAGAAAAGACUGGGCAAAGCCCUCGAGGAAAUCGCCGCCUCACCCACUGCUAACGACGUCUCCUUCACGCUUGUCUUCCGCCCCUACCAACUCUACCCUGACUUCCCGACUGAGCCCCAGGAUAAGCGCCAGUGGUAUGUGACUACCAAACACGAUGCUUCCGACAUUAAGCAGUCAGUCUAUGAGGCCACAAUGUCCGAGCUUGGAACAGCCGUUGGCAUUCCUUUCUCCUGGGGCGGGACAAUGUCGAACACUUUCAAUGCGCACCGCGUGAUCCAGCACUUCCAAGAGGCCAAAGAUGCGGAGACCGCCAAUCGUUUGGUGGAAGCCCUGUACAGUCGGUACUUUGAGCAGGAGAAGGACCAAGGUGCGAAGGAAGUGCUGGUCGACGCCUGCGUAGAGGCGGGGAUUCCAGAGGCAGAAGCGAAAGAGGUUGUCGAAGAUCAGACGGAGGGCAAGAUUGACACGAGGAACAUGAUCCGCACGGCUGCCAUGGAUGGCGUGGAUGCUGUUCCACACAUCGUAUUUGAAGGGAGAAGGAGAGACCUCACACUCAUCGGCGCAAAAGAGGUCGACGAGUAUGUCAAGGCUAUGCAGACCAUCAUCAAGGAGAGCAAGUAG